AUGGAAAUCAUUUCUCAUCUACUUGCAAUUGCAGGGGUUUUAGUAUUGGUGCUAUUGUACAAUCUAAGGAGGGUAACUGUUAGUCAUGAUACUAAGGGUAGGUUAGCCCCAGAACCAUCGGGUGCCUUGCCGAUUAUUGGCCACCUUCAUCAACUUCGUUCCAGAAACACAAUCGUCAGAACCUUGGCUGCCAUGGCUGAUAAGCAUGGUCCCAUCUUCAUGCUCCGGUUUGGCAUGAAACGUACACUUGUGAUUAGUAGCCAUGAGGCAGUCAAGGAGUGCUUCACCACAAAUGACAGGGUUUUCGCUACCCGCCCUAUGUCUGUCCGGGGAAAGUACCUUGGUUACAACUAUGCAGGAUUUGGGUUCUGCCCUUAUGGACCGUAUUGGAGUAAGAUACGAAAGCUAGCAGUUUCUGAACUCCUCUCUAGCCGCCGGCUUGAGACACUAAAAAAUAUGCAAGUCUCUGAGGUGGAUACUUUUGUUAAAGAUUUGUACUCUGUUUGCAGGAGCAACGAACACAACCCAGUUAGGGUGGUGAUUAGUGAAUGGAUUGAGAGCCUAACCCUGAAAAUAAUAAGCAAAAUUAUAGCGAGGAAGAGAUAUUUUGGUUAUGCCAAUGGCCGUGGAAGUGAUGGAGAGGCAGCACGAAUAGGGAAAAUUAUAAGCGAAUUCAUGUAUUUAGCUGGGGCUCCUGGCAUGUUUGAUCAAAUUCCAUUUCUUCGAUGGUUUGAUUUGCAGGGCCAAGUGAAAUCUAUGAAGCGUGUUGCAGGGGAAUUUGACUCUCUAAUAGGAAGUUGGGUUGAAGAGCAUACUGCGAGGAGGUUAAACCACGAGCCAGACUUCAUCGAUGUCAUGAUAUCACAAAUUGAGGAGGAUUCCAUGUUCGGUCAUACUCGAGAAACCAUUAUCAAGGCUACUGCAAUGAUUCUCAUCUUGGGUGGUUCUGAGACCAUAUAUCUUAACCUGACAUGGCUCAUAUCCUUAUUAUUAAACAAUAAACAUGCUUUGAAACGUGUCCAAGAAGAACUAGAUCUCAAAGUUGGAAGGGAUAGAUGGGUGGAAGAUUACGAUAUUAAAGAUCUGGUUUACCUCCAAGCCGUAGUCAAAGAAUCCUUGCGCUUAUACCCACCAGCCCCUUUAUUACUUCCACACGAGGCAAUGGAAGAUUGUCAAGUUUGUGGCUAUUACAUUCCAAAGGGAACUCGUUUGUUUGUGAAUAUAUGGAAGUUGCAUCGAGACCCAAGGGUUUGGAAGGAGCCUGAUGAAUUUUUGCCCGAGAGGUUUCUCUCAAGCCAUGCAAGUAUGGAAGCUUCAAGGCAACAUUUUGAAUUCAUACCAUUUGGGUCUGGAAGAAGAUCUUGCCCUGGAGAUAUGUUUGCCUUGCAAGUAUCGCAAUUGACACUAGCUCGUUUGCUUCAGGGAUUUGAGUUAACAACGCCAUUGAACAAGCCAGUGGACAUGACUGAGGGGUCAGGCGUCAUCUUGGCCAAGUCAACUGCCCUAGAAGUUGUCCUCACUCCGCGCCUUUCUUCCAAACUCUAUGAAUGUUAGAGACACAUUCCAACUAUAUAUGUUUGGUUGCCUAGAAUAAUCUG